GAAUACUAAAAUUAAAUCCAACUAAAUAAAUUAUUUUUGUUUUUGAAAAGAAAAGAAAAGAAAAGAACAAUUUGAUUUGAUAGAUGAAGUGCAGGAGUGAUCGAUCUACCAAAAAAAAAAGGCGCGAAAUGUUGUGUAUCGACAAACGCCAUGGCCGCCGCCACUCAACCAUGUAUGUAAUGUAAUGUAACGAUCUGUUCCUUCAUUCGUUCCCUUAGACAGACUGAAACCGCAUUGCAAUUUGCAAUGAAGAAAAAGGGAAUUUCCCGAAUUAACCCCAAUGAUCCAUCUUAUCUUCGUCACAAGAAAGCUAAAUUCAUUGCCGAUCAUGAAAAAUCAACUUCCAGAUUGGAAGAAUCAGAUCAUUCUCAACUUCCAUUACAGAGAGAAAUUGUUACAACAUGUGAUCCCAAAACUUCUGAGUAUGCUUUCUUUAAGAAAUUGAAGAAGGAUGCAAGUCUCAGGUUUUCUUCAGGUCCAGUCAAAAAGGAUGAUUCCUCGUCGUCCAAGAAGCCUGAAUCUGGUGACUGUUCCAAAGAGGGGACUGAUGAUGUUAGGGUUGGCACUAAGGAAUGCAACUCUUCAAGGAUCAAUCAGGACGUGUCAACUUUUAAGAUGGAUUCAUUUCUUUCACCUUCUGUUGGAGAUUGGAACAAGUCAGACAUGUACUCUAUGAGCAGAAUGCUGAAAAACUCCCAAGAAUGUGGCGACACCGUCAAACCCCAGGGAUUUUCACAUGCAGGAAACCAGUAUGCGGAUGGAGAAAUCUUCUCUAGAAAGAGACAGAAACUACGACAGUGUGCUGCAGAUACCUUAUUUCCUGAUACAGAGAAACCAUGUUCAAAAGGGUUUGAUAUUGUUUCUUUGCUCCUUAGUCGGCUGUUUCCAAUGACCACUGACAGCACUGUAACAAAUAAAUACGAGGAUCCAAAUCCAGGAAAGAUAAAGAAGUCUACCAUAUAUGAUUUACUGGAUUCUCGAGAGUUAGGUGUUCAAUUUAAGGAGCACUAUCUGAUACCUAAGAGGAAGCUUCUUGAACUUGAAUCAGGCUCAUACUUCAAUGAUCAGAUGUUGUCUCCUAUGUUUCUCGAAUCGGGUGAGAGGAUUACUCCACAUGCCGAGCUUCCAACUUAUCAUUUUCAGAACUUUGAACCUCGGUACAGUAUAACAGCACCUAAGUGCAAACUGAGUGGAACUCCAAGUUUCAGUGCCUCUGUCAAGGGUGACAAUGACAUAACUCCUGGGUCUCUGUUUAACGAGGUAAAAAAUGCUCCCAAAUAUAGUUUGCUUGAUUCUCGAGAGUUAGGUUUUCAAUGCACAGAACUCCAACCUAAGAGGAAACCCCUUGAACUUAAAUCAGGGUCAUACUUAAAUGAUCAGAUGUUGUCUCCUACGUUUUUCGAAUCAGGCGAGGGAAUUACUCCAUAUGCUGAGUUUCCAACCUAUCACUCUCGGAACUUUCAACCUUGGUACAAUAUAACAGCACCUGAGUGCAAACUGAGUGGAACUCCGAAUUUCAGUGCCUCUGUCAAAGAUGACAUAACUCUUGGACCUCUGUUUAACGAAGUAGAAAACGCUGCCGAAUAUAGUUUGCUUGAUUAUCAAGAGUUGGAUUUUCAAUGUACAGAACUCCAUCAAAUACCUAGGAGGAAACUCCUUGAACUCAAAUCAAGCUCAUCUUUCAUUGAUCACUUGUUGCCUCCUAUGUUCCUUCGAUCAGUCGAGUCAAUUACUUCAUACACUGACUUUCCAAUCGAUCCUCACAAGUUUCGACCUGUGUUCAGAACAGAAGCUGAAAGAAAGUUCGGUGGAACUCCAAUUUACCUUGACAAGAAUGAUGCAAGUUAUGGAUUUCUGUGUAAGUGUAAUGAUGAGAAAAAUCACGAAACCUUCACAUUCGAUCAUUUCAAAGAGCCAGGGAAACUUGAGAGAGAACCAAUUCCUCUUCUUAUGGAAAAAGAUUUUGACUGCAAAAAAGACGAGAUAAAGUUGCCUAUCACUUGUAAGUAUGCAAAACCAUAUAUGGCCCCUGCAUUGUCAAUUUUAGACCACGGCCAAGAGCAGAUAUCAAAUGAUUCAUUAGAUGAAUUCCACUUUCGCCCCUCAUCCUUAUUACUACCAAAGGACUUCAAUUCAGUAAUGGAUUCUGGUUUAUUCAGAUAUCAAAAUUCCCCGUUUGGAGAGUAUGUUUACAAAUGGGAUGAAGAAAUGGACACGAAUUUCAACCACACAGCAUUGUCCUUUUCACACAAUAAUCACUACUUUAAAUUGUCAGAAAAUUGCAAGGACGAUGCUUCAUUUAUUCAAGACAGCAUAUACCUUCCACCUUACCAUCAUUGGGUUAGAGAAACAGUUUCCAGUGACUACCAUCAUCACCCUGAUAAAGAACCCUGGCUUUCGUCUUCACCUAGGUGUUUAUCCUUAACCAGUUCCCACUCAAAUUACCAGAGUUCAAUUACUAGAAAUUUACAGCUACCCGAAAGCGAGAAUAUGUCUUCACUUUUUCAUAUUGAUGAUAAUUACAAGCCCAAGAUCAACGAUGGAGAUCAGGGAGAAGUUCUUUAUCAUUUAAGUGAAGCCUUUGUUGAAAUAUACAACUCUUCAUUUCUUCAUAUGUCCAAUCAAAGAGACAACGGAUGCCCAUUUUCUCUAGAUGACAGUGACAAUAUCAAUGACCAAGAGCAAAGGCAUGAGAUGCUCCUCUAGAGUCUAACAUUCUCUGGUGUGCUUAAUCACAUGUUUUUGGUUAAUUUUGUUUACAUGAUAGCCUUUUGACAAUAGUUUACAUGAUGAACUGUCCAUAUUAGUGUGCCUUUUCUGGGAAUAUUGUUUUUAGAAUAUGAUCUUUUGCGAAUUUGGAUUAUUAAGGACUCCGUCUACAAGUCAAUUGGAAAAACAAAUGGUUGCACGAGUAUUUAUAUUUUGGCUUAACUACA